CAUGGUGGCGCCCACAACUCCACACUAAUCCCAGCAUGCACCGCAAGGUACGUCCGGCCGGUCUGAUGAUCAGGAAGAUGGCAUGCUCUGGGGUGGAGCCACAGAUCCUUGUACAGUACUUAGUAUUACGAAAGGAUCUAUCUCAGGCUCCCUUUUCCUGGCCCACCGGCGCACUGGUAGCGCAGGCUUGUCACGCCGCCACAGCAGCCUUGCACCUUCAUCGAGACCAUCCGCACACGGCAGCUUAUCUCCGGGAGCUGGGGCGCAUGCGCAAGGUGGUUCUCGAGGCUGCUGAUGAGACAACCUUGAAGGAGCUGGCUGAGACCCUGCAGCAGAAGAACAUUGACCACACGCUGUGGCUGGAGCAACCGGAGAAUAUUGCCACGUGCAUAGCCCUGAGGCCAUACCCCAAGGAAGAAGUGAGCCAGUAUUUGAAGAAGUUCCGGUUGUUCAAGUGACUGAAGUCCUGGUAGAACUGAAAGUCAGCUGCCAUCCUGAAGCAUUGUGGAUUCCUUUCAAUGCUGCUAUACUCUUCCCCUCUAGUUAUGGUGGUUUCUUAAGAACCAGCACAAAUGCAAAUUAAAGCUCUCAUUAAUAAGCA